GUCGUAUCGAUAGAUAAAUAAACAUUCGUCAUUACAUUUGAGAAAAAUGAAAACAGCUAAGCUGCGAAACAGAUAUCUAAUAGUAAUUUAGAGAUUCUCUACAUACAUUGCUACGAGAGUUUGUUAACAGGCUCACUAUGGACACUACCAAAACUGUGAAAAACUCAACAAAUUCCUUAGCUAGCACCACUUCUAACUCCACUGACAAAAUGAACUACGCAUUGCAAGUGGCAUUGCAGACAAUGAAAGAGCGCUGCAUACAAUUGCAACGACGUGUUUCUAACAUGGAGGAGGAAAAUCAACGAUUACGCGAGGGCACUUUUGGGUCGUCAUCCGCCAAUGGCAGUGCACAGGAGAAAACAGACUGCAGUAACGAUGUCUCGUCGCUACGCUCGCAAUUAGAUGAACUGCAACGCCAAAAGGAACAGCUGGAGGAUCAAAUAAGCAUGGUGUCUAACGAAAACCGAAGACUGUGGUCUCAUCUGUCGAAAAUCUCCAAAGACCAGCAACACGAAUCGAAAGACGAUGAAGUGGCCAUGCCUGCACACGCUCGAGGCGCGGGGAAAGUUUCAAUUGGUGCCAAUCAGAACCUCAUUCGUUCUAAAACAUUUACCCAGCACUCGCCAAAUCCGCACUUGCGUCAGAAGAUGAUAACAGAGGUCAGUCUAGAGGAGAUUCCACUGGACGAAUUUGAUGGUAGCGAGGUAGAACUAGGCUAUCCAUGUGGACUGAAUGUGGACGACCCUAACACUGUAAACGAGCUGGACACCAAUGUAGAUGCAAAGCAGUGCAUGGAAGGCUUGCAGGACUUGCGCCGGGAGGCGAUGAAACAACAGCAAGAGCUCAAUUCCGCCCUUUCACAGUUGGAGACGCGCAUUGCGAUGAAUCCGUGUCCGGAGUGUGUGCGCAAGGCAGCCAACAAGCCGGAAAUGGCUGAUAAAAGCUUAGAGACUGAAGAUAACACCGAGCCCAAGCGGUACAGCAACAAUGAGCACACAAUAAGCCAAGUGCUCGACACAAUCAACGGGCAUUCAUCAUCGGUCGUGCCCGCUCCCCGCUUAAACUUCAUCCAGGAAAAGCUGAAGGCUGAUGCCAUCGAUAAGACGUGCCCCAUGUGCGGCAAGCUUUACUCCAGCCAAGUUUCGUUCAAGGCAUUUCAGGAACAUGUCGAAAUGCACUUUAUUGAUGACACGCUAGAUGCGGAUGGAAGCAUGGAGAGGCAGUUCGAGUUCGUUUCUCAUGCAGUCGGUGAUUUCUGACCCAACAAACUUAUUUACUUUGCUACAGAGCUUUAGCAAGGACAAAUCUAAUUUGUUUCAUUAGCAUUGCAUUGUAAAUGAUAUUGCAAUUAAACAGUAGUUAUAAUGAUAAUGAAAAUUGUAUAGACUAAGAAAGCAAAUAUCAAAACGGUUUUAAGUUACAUUUAUUAUAAUUUUCAUUACUCCCAGACAGAUCUCUGUCAAAUUAUAAUAUGAAGGCAUAUCUAAGCAUGUGCUGAUUAUUGUUUUAAAAGUUACCUACGAAAGCCAAUGUAUUUGUUGAUGAACUUGCAUAAGCAUUAUCUGCUAAUAAUUAAUUAUACAUGUUCUCGAUGACAAACAUGAAGGCCACAAAUAACAUAGAGCAGAUAUUUUAUGCAUAAGGUUAAUACUUAGUAUAUAUAUAUUUAUCUCAAUUUGUAUUGUUGUUCCCAGUAGAAUAACAAUUUAUGUACAACAAAGCGGUUAUCAUUCAAUACAAAAAUGUUUAUCCAUGUUA